AUGGCUUCUCCCCGUCCUCCUCACAACUUUGGUCCUCAAGGCUAUCCGCUUCCCAACGGCGCUGUCACUUCUGGCCCUGUCCCCGGCGCCACCCCUCUUCUCCCCAACAAUGGCCGCGUCUUGCAAAAUGGUCCCGUCAGAGUCCUGUGUAUCGCUGAUGUUCGAGGAAAUCUCAAGUCUCUGAAUGAACUGGCUAGACAGGCCCGUGCGGACCACAUUAUCCACACUGGUGACUUUGGUUUCUACGAUGAUACCUCGCUGGAGCGCAUUGCGGAUAAGACUUUGAAGCACGUGGCCCAAUACUCACCUUUGCUACCGGAGAAUGUGAAGCGGACGAUCGCCCAGACCCCUCCCCAGCAGUCGAUCAAGCAACGAUUCACCCCCGACCAGCUUCCCCUUUCAGAACUCUCCAUGCUGCUGGACAAGCGGCUGACUCUCGAUGUUCCGGUGUACACGGUCUGGGGCGCCUGUGAAGAUGUCCGCGUGUUGGAGAAGUUCCGCUCGGGGGAGUACAAGGUCAACAACCUGCACAUCAUCGAUGAGGCCAACUCGCGACUGCUAGACAUCGGUGGCGUCAAGCUGCGUCUGUUGGGUCUGGGUGGUGCUGUCGUGAUGCACAAGCUAUUCGACAAUGGCGAGGGCAAGACUACGAUUGCGGGCGGUCAAGGUACUAUGUGGACGACCCUCUUGCAAAUGGGCGAGUUGAUCGACACGGCCAACCGUGUGUAUGACCCGUCUGAGACCCGCGUUUUCGUCACGCAUGCCUCUCCCGCCCGUGAGGGCAUGCUGAAUCAACUAUCCGUCACCCUCAAAGCCGACUUCUCCAUCUCCGCCGGUCUGCACUUCCGCUACGGCUCGUCUUACAAUGAGUUUUCCGUCAACCCCUCGCUGGAUCACUACCGCGGCAAGCUGGCUGCUUCCAAGGCAUCAUUCAACGACGUAUGGGAGACUGUCCGUGGAGAGGUUGAGACGGCUAUUUCCCAGAACGAGGCCCAGAAGACUCUGCUGGACAACGCUCUGGAGGUGGUCAACCGGAUGCCUACUGUUGCUAACGGCGGCAAUCCCUUUGGUGGGCCUGCUGCUCCCGGCAACGCGGCCGGCCAGGUGGACGAGAGUGCGUUCAAGAACAUGUGGAAUUUCAACUUGGCGGAUGCGGCUUUCGGCUUCCUCGUGCUAGAGAUUGAGGCCGGCCGCAUUGCGACCGAAAUGCGCGCGCAGGGUUUCAACUUCGCUCACCGCACUGGAAAGCCCCAACCUGUGGCCCCUGCCCAAGCUGCCCCCGUCCCUGCUGCUGGUGCUCCCGCCAGUGUCGCCUCUCCCCGCAUUCCCGGUGCUACUCCUCAGUUCGGUCAGGUGCAGCCAGUUUCUGGACGUCCUGGUGCCCCGGCACAGCAACCCCCUCAGCCCACCCAGGCCAAGGCCUCUGCCACCGCCCCCGCCCGCACCUCUCCGGCUCCCGUGAUCCCCAAGCCUGCUACUCCCCAGCCUCCUAGCGCUCCUGCCGGUCAGCCCUCCGUGGCCUCCCCCGAGAGAGCCGCUGCCACCGAGCCCAACGGCACCGCUCAGCCUGAAAAGCCGUCUGAGUCUCCCCUGCCUAAGCCCGAGAAGAAGGCAAGCAACGGUCUCUUCGUCUCCAACGUCGACAACGAGCAAGCCGUGCGCGAUCUCUUCCCCGAGGAAGACCGGGCCAAGAUGGUACGAGUGGAGAAGUGGGGAAAGUUCAACCACGUUGUGACCUUUGCGACUGUUGAAGAGGCCAAGGCCGCGCUGGAGCGCCAGCCCGCGGACCACAAAAAGCCCAGCCCACCUGGUCAGCCCCGCAAGCCCAACAUCAAGUUCUUCGAGGAUCGCGGCAGCCACCGUGGCAAUGCCGGCACAUGGCAGAGCAGCAACCGCGGCGGUGCCAGCUCCUCUCAGCGCGGAUACCAGAGCGGUGGUGCCAGCGACAGUGAGACCAACCGGGGCCGUGGAUUUGGCGGACGAGGCCGGGGCCGGGGCGAUCGAGGCGGUCGCGGCGGCCGCGGCGGUCGUGGUGGCUUCAACAAGGGUGGCCCGUCCGAGUCUUCGGCUGGGGAUAACAAGCCUGUUGCCGCAGCUGGGGGUGACGCUUGA